GUGCCCAUUCUGUGCCCAUUUUUUGACCAUUUUGUGCCCAUUCUGUGCCCAUUUUUAUUCCGCCUUGGGUGCAGCCCUGCCCAGGCCCUGUCCUGCCCAAGGUGUGCCCUAAAUUUCAAUAAAUCUGUUUUAUUCUCCAGCUCAGCCCUCCCAAGCAUCACCCCCAGCACAUUCCCAGCUCCUCCUGCUCUCCUUGAACCCAGCUGGGUCCUGUCCCCGUCACAGGAGCAGGACACCCCUGGGGCUGCUUCCCCAUAUAAAAAGGUGAUGGUGGAAUUUAAAAAUUAGCAAAAAACCCAAGAGCAGCUGCGAUUUGCUCCAUUUAAUUUCAAUUAACCGCAGCCCUCAGGGGCCAGGAGAGACGCCAGCCCUGAGGGGAUGUCCCAGUUCCCAAAUUCACCCUCCCCAGCCUGCCCAGCUCCAAAAUUUUCACCUCUCAUCCAACCCUCUGCUCUGCCCAGCUCCAAAAUUUUCAGUUGUCAUCAAACCCUGCCGUGUUCAACCCAUCCAGGCUUUAAAAACCUGAAUUUUUCUUCCUCUGGAGGAACAAAAAAACAAACCCUGAUGGGGUCAGGGAAUUUCUUCUUCCUCUGGAGGAACAAAAAAACAAACCCUGAUGGGGUCAGGGUAUUUCUUCUUCCUCUGGAGGAGCAAAAAACCAAACCCUGAUGGGGUCAGGGUAUUUCUUCUUCCUCUGGAGGAGCAAAAAAACCCCAAAACCCUGAUGGGGUCAGGGAAUUUCUUCUUCCUCUGGAGGAGCAAAAAAAAACCCCUGAUGGGGCCAGGGAAUUUCUUCUUCCUCUGGAGGAGCAAAAAAAAAACCCUGAUGGGGUCAGGGAAUUUCUUCUUCCUCUGGAGGAACAAAAAAACCCCUGAUGGGGUCAGGGAAUUUCUUCUUCCUCUGGAGGAGCAAAAAAACCCCAAAACCCUGAUGGGGUCAGGGAAUUUCUUCUUCCUCUGGAGGAGCAAAAAAAAAAAAACCCUGAUGGGGUCAGGGGAGUUCCCAUCUCUGUGACCUCGGGAUGCUCCUGCCAGUGCCUGGAUCCUGCUGCAAACGCAGUUCAGGGGAAGAGGAAAAGGAGGAAUUGUCCUGGCUGUGCCCAACUCCUCCUCCUCAGGCAGCUGAUCUGCAAAAGGCAAAUGGUUUCCUAAAAAAGCGACAGAAAAAACAAAACCCAAAAACCCCUGACCGAGGCAGCCUCGCCCUUAGAAAAUGUAAAAACCUCGGGGACACAGUGUGGCAGGGAGGUGGCAGGGAGGUGGCAGGGAGGUGGCAGGGAGGUGGCAGGGAGGUGGCAGGGCUGGCACCUCCAGGCUGUGCCACGGCCAGGGCAGGGGCCAGAGGUGAGGCUGGGACUGCAGGAGCUCCCUGGUGGGGGUUUGGGGGUUCAGGAGUUCCCUGGAGAGGAUUUGGGGGCUCAGGUGCUCUCCCUGGACAGGGUUUGGGGGCUCAGGUGCUCUCCCUGAAGAGGAUUUGGGGUUCAGGUGCUCUCCCUGAAGAGGAUUUGGGGUUCAGGUGCUCUCCCUGGACAGGGUUUGGGGGCUCAGGAGCUCGCUGCAGAGGAUUUAGGGGUUCAGGAGCUUCCUGGAGAGGAUUUGGGGGCUUAGGUUCUCUCCCUGGAGAGGGUCUGGGGGUUCAGGUGCUCUCCCUGGAGAGGGUCUGGGGGUUCAGGUGCUCUCCCUGGAGAGGGUUUGGGAGCUCAGGUGCUCUGGAGAGGAUUUGGGGUUUUAGGAGCUCCCUGGGGAGGAUAUGGGGGCUCAGGUGCUCUCCUUGGAGAGGGUUUGGGAGCUCGGGUGCUCUCCCUGGAGAGGAUUUAGGGGUUCAGGAAGUCCCUGGAGAGGAUUUGAGGGUUCAGGUGCUCUCCCUGAAGAGGGUUUGGGGGCUCAGGUGCUCCCUGGAGAGGGUCUGGGAGCUCAGGUGCUCCUUGGAGAGGAUUUAGGGGUUCAGAAGCUCCCUGGAGUGGAUUUGGGAGCUCAGGUUCUCUCCCUGGACAGGAUUUGGGAGCUCAAGUGCUCUUGAAGAGGUUUUGAGGGCUCAGGUUCUCUCCCUGGAGAGGUUUUGAAGGUUCAGGAGCUCCCUGGACAGGGUUUGGGGGUUCAGGAGCUCAGGUUCUCUCCCUGGAGAGGAUUUGGCAGCUCAGGUGCUCCUUGGAGGGGAUUUAGGGGUUCAGGAGCUUCCUGGAGAGGAUUUAGGGGUUCAGGUUCUCUCCCUGGAGAGGGUUCAGGAGCUCAGGUUCUCUCCCUGGGGAGGGUUCAGGAGCUCAGCUCCUCUGCCCCCUGCCCUGGGGGCUCUCUGGGCAGGAGUGGCCGCUCUGGUGCCCCCCUGCCCGGGCAGCUGCUGACCCUGCCCUG